AUGAAUAAUCACAUUUGUGCAUUUAGAGAUGAUACACGAUCAAAAGAAGCUGAUGAAUUUGUUCGAAAAAAUGGGUUUACAUUACCCUUGCAAAUAUUUCAAAUAAUGUCCUUUUUUAUAUUUAUCGUGAUAAUAACAUUAAUAUUUCUUAUGACAGCUUUUAAUACAGAUCACAUAUUAUUUUCCCUUUUUUAUAUAUUUUUUGGUACCUUAAUAAUAAUAAUUUUUAUAUUAACAUAUGUAGUUACAAAAACAAAUCCCGUAGAUCCUUUAUCAUUCAAAUAUUUAAAUGAUAUGAUUAAUGAAGAAGAAAUUAAAGACUUAUAUCAAUGUGAUAUCUGUGGCUUUGUGCAGCCAGAAAGUAAGCACUGUAAGGUCUGUAAUAAAUGUGUGUCUGUUUUUGAUCAUCAUUGUAUGUGGGUCAACAAUUGUAUCGGAAAAAAAAAUUACAAAUAUUUUGUAGGAUUGUUAUCUACCUUAACCCUUUUUAAUUGUUUUGUUUUUGUAUUUUGCAUAGUAUAUUUUAUUAUAUCUCUAAAACAUGACCUCAUAAAAAAUAGAUGGAAAUAUUUCUAUGGAUCGUAUAAUGAUAUAUCCUUUUAUAUUUUAUUAAGCUCUCUUUUUAUAUUAAAUGGAGUUGUUUUUGUUUUGGUUAUACAACUUUUUGGGUUACACAUUUUUUUGAUAUCCAAAAAAAUGACAACCUAUGAAUAUAUCCUUAAUAGAUCUCACCACUCAGAAGCAGAAGGAAGGAAUAAAAUAAAAACUUUUUUUGAUUGGAUUAUUAUAGAUAAAAAACGUUCGAAAAGAUCUCAAAAUUUGGACCAAGAUAUGGAAAAACACGAAAUUGAAAGAGGAGAAAUUACAUUAAAAAAUUAUUAA